AUGGACGGGCAACCAGCAGACCUCAACUGGUCAGGGACCUUUGCUAUAUCGAGGCCGAACCGAGACCUCAAAGGCGACAAGAUCCUCCUCCCCCAAUCCGCCCUCGAACAGCUCCUCGCCGCCUCCCCUCGAGUCGCCGCGCCCACGACACACUCCUUCACCGCCUUCGACCCUUUCAACCCAUACUCUGUCGCCGCCGCCCAGCGAGAGAGGUCGCAGUAUCAAGAGACCCAGCAGCAGUUACCACACCCGUUGAUGUUCCGCGUCGUCAACCAGAGCAAUGGCAACGCGGUCUACGCCGGCAUUCGAGAGUUCUCCGCGCAGGAGGGCGAGGUCGCACUCAGCUCUUACCUGCUCGAGUCGCUGGGGAUUCAGGAGUCCGAUUUCAAGGCUGGUGACUCGGAAGCAAUGGCCAUUGACCUGACCUCCGACGACACGAAUGGCGAGGGACCGGCACCGAGCGGCCCGCAGGUGACGAUACAUGCGAAGCAGUUGCCCAAGGGCACCUUUGUCCGUCUCCGACCGCUCGAGGCAGGCUACAACCCGGACGACUGGAAAUCUCUGCUUGAGCGACAGCUUCGGGAGAGCUUUACCACUCUUACUAAGGGCGCCAUCUUCUCAGUGCGCGGCGUCAAGGCCGAGGCGUUCCGGUUCUUGGUGGACGAGUUCAAGCCCGAGGGCGAUGGCAUCUGCGUGGUCGAUACAGAUCUCGAGGUCGAUAUCGAGGCACUAAACGAAGAGCAAGCGCGCGAAACGCUGAAACAGAUCAUGGAAAAGGCACAGCGUGCACCGGGGGCUGCUGGCGGCAGCUCCCUAGGUGGCAAGAUUGACACAUGGAAAGCGGUGGAGGGGCAGGUCAUACCAGGAGACUACGUCGACUUUGAGCUGCCCUCAUGGGACCGGUCACGGUCCCUCUCCAUAGAGCUGUCGGGUCUCGAUGACAGCGAGGACGUGGACCUGUUUGUCAGCCCAAAGUCAAGCCGGCAACGAGCUUUACCUCGCGAGUCCGAACACGUCUUUUCCAGGUUCAGCCCUGGGAAGGGCGGUUCGCUCAGCAUCAACAUUCAACCUACCAAUAUCGAGCUCGAGAACGCCGACAGCCUCUUGAUCUCUGUCCACGGAUGGCAGUCACAAGGCUCAACCUCCAGCGACACAUCACCCCGUCCCUUCUCGUUGCGAGUGCGCACAGUGCUGGAAGAUCCGAUGGCGCAGAACGAACCUGCUACAAACGGUACACACACACAGGGAGGGGAGGAUGAAGUCCAAUGCAAAAACUGUCUGCAAUGGGUGCCGAAGCGGACACUCGUGCUGCACGAGAACUUUUGCCUGCGCAACAACAUUGCCUGCCCGCACUGCAAGCAGGUCUUUCAGAAACGGUCCCCAGAAUGGCAAGACCAUUGGCACUGCGAGUUCGACGACGGCGGCUUCGGCAACACGCCCUCGAGCAAGGCCAAGCACGACUUCAUCUUCCACACCGAGCACGCGUGCCCCUCCGAGACGUGCCACGGCGUCGUCGGCCCGUUCCCCUCACUCCCGGACCUCGCCCGCCACCGCACGAGCACGUGCCCGGGCAAGGUCAUCCUCUGCCAGUUCUGCCACCUCGAGGUCCCGCAGGAGGGCGACCCCACGGACCCCUCGGUCGAGGCGGAGACGGUGCUGACGGGCCUGACGCCGCACGAGCGCGCCGACGGCGCCCGCACGACGGACUGCCACCUCUGCGGCGCCAUCGUGCGCCUGCGCGACAUGGCCGCGCACCUCAAGCACCACGAGCUCGACAAGCAAGGGCGCGCGAAGCCCGAGAUCUGCCGCGACGAGCUCUGCGGGCGGACGCUGCACGGCGUCGGGCCCCGUGGGCAAGUAGGUGCCGGCACGCGCAUGGGCCAGGGCCCCGGGAACGACCUCGGCCUGUGCUCGAUCUGCUUCGGACCCCUGUACGUUAGCAUGCACGACCCGGAGGGCAAGGCGCUGCGGCGGCGCAUCGAGAGGCGGUACCUCUCGCAGCUGCUGACGGGCUGCGGGAAGCGGUGGUGCGGCAACGAGUGGUGCAAGACGGGGCGGGCGAACAUGGGGCUCGAGGCCAGGGCGGCGUCGGGCGGGACGGCGGCGAUGCUGCCGCUCGUGAAGCCGCUGCUGGCGGAGGUCGGCGACUGGACCAAGGCGAUGCACUUUUGCGUGGACGAGGGCGCGCAGAAGAGGAGGAAAGUGGCGGAGAUGCUGGCUGCUGAGGGAGGCUGGGAGGUGGAGUGGUGCGUCGCGGCGUGCGAGGCGGAGGGCGCGAGCGCGGAGAAGGCGCGGGAGUGGCUUGUCAAUUGGGCGCCGGCGAGGAGGUCGAUGUAG